GAAGUUACCAUAGCAUAUAAUUUUGAAACAAACUCAAUAGAUUUUAAAGUCGUCUCUGCAAAGAAGUCAGGAUUUACAUUUAAUGAAGCAGAUGUAUAUUCGAAUGAAAACUUCAAAGCUAUUGCAUGGUUAGAUAAUGACGAUUGCUUUAAGAAAAUAUUUAAAUUCAGUGACUCAAAGAUGUCAAUAGAUGACCUUCGUGGAAUGUUACCAUCGACGUUUACAGUAGAAGGUUCAGCAGGAUUGCUUACAAGAUUGUCAAUUGGUGGUAUUUGGUCUCGUGAGAACAUUGUUAUAAAAUCCAGUAUAAGUGAAUUUGCUGAAGAAUCUAUAUUAUGUCUUUCAAACUACAUGUAUUCGCCGCCGAAGCAUUAUAGUAUAACAAACUUUGUCAGUAAGUUUAACAUAAGACUUGUCGAACCUUCUUCAAUGAAAGAUGUUGUGCUACCUAAAGAUGGAAAGGAUGGACUCAUUAUUGAGAUGAUUUUAAUAGCAUAUUAA